AUGACUGUUUCAGCAAAUAUGCCCAAGUCAUUCGAGAUCGCCAUCAUUGGCGGCGGCAUUGCCGGGCUCACCCUCGCUAUCGCCCUGCACCACCGGAAUGUCCCCGUUGUUCUCUACGAACGAGCUGACAAUUUCCACGAAAUCGGGGCCGGCGUCUCAUUCACUCCUAAUGCGGUGCAAGCGAUGAAGAUUUGCCAUUCGGGUAUUCAUGACGCCUUCCAGAAAGUUUGCACUUGGAACGGCUGGGAGUCAAAGAGCAAGACCUGGUUCGACUUCCUCGAUGGAACCACCGAGGACGACAAAACAGCCUUCACCAUCGAGACUUCUUUGGGCCAGACUGGUGUGCACAGAGCUCACUUCCUCGAUGAGCUCAUUCACCUACUGCCUUCAGACAAGGUGCAGUUCGGCAAGCACAUCGAGAAGGCAGAAGAGGACCCAAAUGGCAAGAUACGAAUGAGCUUUUCCGAUGGCUCAACUGCGUAUGCCGAUGCCGUGAUUGGCUGUGAUGGCAUUGGUUCUCGCGUUCGCAGGAUGAUUGUCGGUGAGAACCAUCCAUCGGCACGGCCAGGGUAUUCCCACAAGUACGCGUAUCGUGGUUUGGUGCCUAUGGACCAGGCUAUCAAGGCCGUGGGGGAAGAGAGAGCACGCAAUGCGUGUAUGCACAUGGGACCCGAUGGCCAUGUCUUGACGUUUCAGGUCAACCAUGGCGAGAAACUCAAUAUCGUCGCUUUUCGUACAGAUCCUAACGAGUGGAGUGACCCAAACAAGAUGACAAAGACUGCUCAUCGACAAGACGCUCUGGAUGACUUCAAGGGCUACAACAGCCUUGUUAGAAAUCUUCUUAAACUCACAGAAGAAACACUCAGUGUGUGGGCUAUUUUUGAUACAUGCGAGAACCCGGUGUCAACAUUCUACAAAGGCCGAAUAGCCAUUCUCGGUGACGCCGCCCACGCAACCAGCCCCCAUCACGGUGCAGGCGCCGGAUUCUGUAUAGAAGAUAGUGCCGUCAUGGCAGAACUGCUCGCCGACGAACGCGUACAGAGCCCCUCAGAUGUCGAGGCCGCGUUUGCGGCGUACGAUGCGUCAAGGAGAGAGAGGACCCAAUGGCUUGUAGAGAGCAGUCGAUUCGUUGGAGAUGCCUACGAGUGGCGAGCGAAGGGUGUAGGAAAGGACAUCCCAAGAAUCGAGCAGGAGAUCAACGAGAGAAUCGGGGUUAUUUCUAAUCUUGAGAUUGCAAAGUCUUGCGAGAUGGCGAGAGAGUUGUUGGGGGGGAAGAAAGCUUAG